CUUUAAUUCCGUGUCUUGGCGAGGCUCUAUAUAACCUACUAUUCUGCAUCUUGCAUUCUUCAGGUAGAUUCCUGCAAUAGCUCAUCCAUUGCACAGCUACUAGCUACUGAGCUCAUCAAUCAUGAUCCUCCCCUCCCUCCUAGGCGUCGUCCUGGCCCUAGCCACCACCGCCUCGGCCGCAAACUACACCGAAUGGAUGGCCACCUCGUACCUCUCCAAAUCGGUAACCCAAUCGCGGAACUACGCCAACGGGGUAUUGUACCGGGGCAUCGAACUCGCCUACAACAAAACCCACGACGAGUCCCUGCUCAACUACAUCACCUCGCAAGUCGACGCCGUCAUCUCCCCCGAAGGCAAACUCGUCGACUACAACCUCACCAAGAAAACCUCCCUCGAUGAUCUCCGUAUCGGGACGAAUCUGCUCAAUCUCUGGGCGAAGACCGGUAACGACCGGUAUAAAAUCGCCGCAGAUACCCUCCGUCAUCAGAUCGAUGUUACGCCCCGCAAUGAAGCAGGUGGCAUGUGGCAUCGCAUGCCCACGUAUCCGAACCAGAUGUGGUUGGAUGGGAUCUACAUGUCGACGAAUUUCUAUGCGCAGUGGACCGCGUGGUUCGAUGGGAAGAAUAAGACUGCGUGGGAUGAUAUCAUGCUGCAGUUUGAUUUGAUCGAGGAGCAUACGCUGAAUAAGGAGACGGGGUUGUUGGCGCAUGGGUAUGAUCAUUCGAAGGUCGCGGUUUGGGCUGACCCCGAAACUGGCGCCGCCCCUCACGUCUGGAACCGGGCACUAGGCUGGUACUUCAUGUCCCUGGUCGACAUCCUGGACGUCUUCCCUCGGUCUCACCGCGGGUGGAAGAAGAACCUGCGUCGGUUCCAAGCCCUCGCUGCGGCGUUGAAGAAAACCCAGGACGAGUCCGGCGGCUGGUGGCUCAUCAUGGACGAGCCGUUCCCUUCUGAUCCCAGGAACUAUAUCGAGAGCAGUGGCAGUGCGAUGUUCACGUAUGGGUUCCUCAAGGGGAUUCGGAAGGGGUAUCUCAAGAAGAAGGAGUAUAAGGGGGUUGCGGAUAAGGGGUAUGAGAAUUUGGUGGGGGAGUUUGUGACGCAGAAUAAGAAUGGGACGUUGAAUUGGGAGGGGACCGUUGAGGUGGGGAGUUUGAGUAGUAAUGGGUCUUUUGAGUAUUAUAUCUCGGUGCCAAUCCAGCAUAACGAUAUCAAGGGUGCUGGGCCGUUUAUGUAUGCGAGUUACGAGCUGGAGGGUUUCUAG